UCAUCCCUAAUCUUAUCUGGUACAUUAUUAUUACCAGAACAGAGAACACUUCAUAUCUCAUUUAAAACCGAAUGCUAAAACUCUUUUAACUUUCUGUGUGUAAGAAGCCUUGUGAAGUUCUAUCUACCAUUUAUUCAAUAACUCCUCAUUCACGUUGCUGCUUACACUUGUUCAAAUCACAUUCUUAAGAUUCAAGUCUAACUCAAUCUCAAAAGGAAGUUUGUGAUGUUGUUGGAGGUAGGUAGUCAUGGAAUCAAAUGAAUUGAAUAUGGAGAUUCCAACUAAACACCUUCCAACAGACGAAGCAGUAGUUGAAGAAAUUGAUAUGUUUAGCACUUUACACGAAAAUAUUCUUGGUCACAUCCUAUCUUUCAUUCCAAUCAUAGACGCCGUUCACACUAGCGUCUUAUCAAGAAGAUGGAUUGAAGUUUGGAAAUUCAUAACAAGCCUAAAGUUUGAUGAUAGUUUGCUUCAUUAUCAGAAGAAAUUGCAAAAACAACAGUUUGUGAAUUUUGUUGAAAAAGUACUUUUUCAGCUUACAAAUUCAAGCAUCCAAAGUUUCUCUCUUUGUUUAACUAGUUAUCAAUAUAACGCAUCUUUGAUAGCUUCAUGGAUUUCCUUUAUCUUAGAAAGAAGAGUUCAGAAGCUUCAUAUUCAGUAUGCUGAUAAAGUUUUUCUUUCUUCAAAUUUACUCUUUAGUUGUGAUUCUUUAGUAGAGUUGGUGCUUCAAAUGAAUUGUACUCUUAGUCUACCGAUAUUUGCUUCUCUCCCAAAUCUUCAAAAACUAAGCAUUUCCGGGAUUAAAUUAGUGAGUGAUUCAUCCGAUUGCUCAAAAGACAUAAGUCUUAAUUUCCCGAUUCUCAAAGUGUUUGAAGCUAGAGGAUGUGAAUGGUUAACUACGCAGAACAUUAGUUUACAAGUACCUUUACUUGAGAGGUUUUCAAUUGCUAUAUGGAACCGUCAUUCAAACGAGUCAAGUGAAUAUGCUAUCAAGGUUUAUAGUCAACGUCUAACGGAUUUCACUUAUGAGGGUGAUCUUGAACAAGAUAUCAUUCUAUGUGAUUCUUCGUUGAUUCGUAAUGCUUCUAUUGUGAUUGUGGUUGAUGAAGACAAAGAGAUCAGAAUGGAAAAACUUGGGUUUCAAGUAUGUAAUCUUCUCAGACAAAUCAAUGAUAUGGAACGACUGAAAUUAUUGUUUUACAAGGUUUUAAGACAUGCUAGAGAUAUUUUCGCCAAUCUGCCUUUCUUUGGAAGGUUGACAUAUCUGGAACUAAAUGAAGUAAAUGGUGAAGCUUUGUUGCAAUUACUCAACAAUUCACCAGUUCUUGAUACUCUUGUUUUGCUUAAUGGAUUAGCUGACUCAGAUAAAGAUGUUUUCACUUCUGCAAUGGUUCCCCAAUGCUUUCUGUCAAGCUUCCAAGUAUUUCAGUUUAAUGGUUUUAAUGCAAACGAGCACGAUCUUUGUCUCAUAAAAUUCAUUCUAGAAAAUGCAACAAUGUUGGAGAAGAUGAAAAUAUCACCGGCUUUCUGGCUGCGAUAUGCAGAUAUUGAUUUGGAAAAAGUUAAGGAGAAGAUACUCUCAUUAGAGAAAUGUUCUAACUUUUGCAUGAUAGAGUUUUUUGAUAUCAGUGGUUCAUGAAGAUUUUUAGAAUCCACAAGAAUAUUCUUGCAAAGAAUGUUUAAUGUUAAGUGUGUCUAGUUUUAGUGUGAUGCAAAAUGUAAGAUGUUUCUCUAAUUUCAUAUCAGAAUAUACUGAAUACAUUUGUAAUCAAUACAAUUUCUUAGUACUUGACAGAUACCAUAACUUUGUAUAAGUAUUCAUGCUUAGCAUUCUAAAUUCUGCAAUGAACCAUAUGCCAGAAUGUCGAUGUGGUACAUUUAAUUGCCUGAAGAACCAAGAUGUGGUUGCCUGGUUGGUCCAAAUGUUAAGAGACUUGGGCUCCAAUAAACACGGGGUCUUUGGUUAGAUCUCUGACUCUUGCGUAUGAAAAAGAUACAAUGAAAAGGAAAGAUUUCAUUUGGUUUUUCAAACAGGUUCUAUGAAGGAGAUUAAUCAGAAUUAAAAUGGUCAUCUACAAAAAUAAAUAAGACAUUGAGAUGUGACUAUUGGAGGCAACUCGAAGGGGGUCAACUAGGAAGCAUUCUACUUUAGGACACACCUUUGUGAGAAACACACCACAUAUUCACCCAAAAUCUUAAGGUAAUAGGUGUGUGGGUUCUCUCACUUAUAAAAUGUCUAUUUUUAUCUUUUCUAACCAAUGUGAGACUUCUUCCUCACACUUGUUGAGAAAAGGUCAGAGCUCGAGUUUAUAGCUUAGUUGAAGUAGUGGUAG